GCGGGCGGCAGGCGCGGCCUCCGGGCACCCGUACGGCGCCCAGCCGCGGGCCUCCCAGGGCUCGAGCCCGGCGGCGGCCGCCGCGAUGGCCCUCAAAAUGGUCAAGGGCAGCAUCGACCGCAUGUUCGACAAGAACCUGCAGGACCUGGUGCGCGGCAUCCGCAACCACAAGGAGGACGAGGCAAAAUAUAUCUCUCAGUGCAUUGAUGAAAUCAAGCAGGAACUGAAGCAGGACAACAUCGCAGUGAAAGCGAACGCUGUCUGCAAGCUGACCUACCUGCAGAUGCUGGGAUACGACAUCAGCUGGGCCGCCUUCAACAUCAUAGAAGUGAUGAGCGCCUCCAAGUUCACCUUCAAGCGAAUCGGCUACCUCGCGGCUUCCCAGUGCUUUCACGAAGGGACCGACGUCAUCAUGCUGACGACAAACCAGAUCCGCAAGGACCUGAGCAGCCCCAGCCAGUACGACACUGGCGCUGCGCUGACCGGCCUGUCCUGUUUUGUUACCCCAGACCUUGCCAGAGACUUGGCCAACGACAUCAUGACACUGAUGUCGCACACCAAGCCGUACAUCCGGAAGAAGGCCGUGCUGAUCAUGUACAAGGUGUUCCUGAAGUACCCUGAGUCGCUGCGCCCUGCCUUCCCCCGCCUGAAGGAGAAGCUGGAGGACCCCGAUCCUGGGGUCCAGUCCGCGGCGGUCAACGUCAUCUGCGAGCUGGCCAGGCGCAACCCCAAAAACUACCUUUCGCUCGCCCCGCUGUUUUUCAAGCUGAUGACCUCCUCGACCAACAACUGGGUCCUCAUUAAAAUCAUCAAACUGUUUGGUGCUCUGACUCCUCUGGAGCCGAGGUUGGGCAAGAAGCUGAUUGAGCCUCUCACCAACCUGAUCCACAGCACGUCUGCCAUGUCCCUGCUCUACGAGUGUGUGAACACCGUCAUCGCAGUUCUCAUCUCCCUGUCCUCCGGCAUGCCUAACCACAGUGCCAGUAUUCAGCUCUGUGUUCAGAAGUUAAGGAUAUUAAUAGAAGACUCCGAUCAGAACUUGAAGUACCUGGGGCUGCUGGCCAUGUCCAAGAUCCUGAGAACGCACCCGAAGUCCGUGCAGGCCCACAAGGACCUCGUCCUGCAGUGUCUGGACGACAAGGAUGAGUCCAUCCGGCUGCGGGCCCUCGACCUCCUGUAUGGAAUGGUGUCCAAGAAGAAUCUAAUGGAGAUCGUCAAGAGGCUGAUGACCCACGUGGACAAGGCCGAGGGCACAACCUACCGCGACGAGCUGCUUACCAAGAUCAUCGACAUCUGCAGCCAGUCCAACUACCAGCACAUCACCAACUUCGAGUGGUACAUCAGCAUCCUGGUGGAGCUGACUCGGCUGGAGGGCACGCGCCACGGCCACCUCAUUGCCGCACAGAUGCUGGAUGUGGCCAUCCGCGUCAAGGCCAUCCGCGGGUUCGCCGUGGCACAGAUGUCCGCACUGCUUGACAGCGCCCACCUGGUGGCCAGUGGCACCCAGCGCAACGGGAUCUGCGAGGUGCUCUACGCGGCCGCCUGGAUCUGCGGCGAGUUCUCCGAGCAUCUGCAGGAACCUCACCAGACCCUCGAGGCCAUGCUGCGGCCCAAGGUCACCACGCUGCCCGGCCACAUCCAGGCCGUGUACGUGCAGAACGUAGUCAAGCUGUACGCGUCCAUCCUGCAGCAGAAGGAGCAGGCUGCGGAGACAGAGGCGGCCCAGGAGGUCACCCAGCUCAUGGUGGAGCGGCUGCCCCAGUUUGUGCAGAGCGCGGACCUGGAGGUCCAGGAGCGGGCUUCCUGCAUCCUGCAGCUGGUCAAGCACGUCCAGAAGCUUCAGGCCAAGGACGUGCCGGUGGCGGAAGAAGUGAGUGCUCUCUUUGCCGGGGAGCUGAACCCAGUGGCUCCCAAGGCACAGAAGAAGGUUCCAGUUCCCGAAGGCCUGGACCUGGACGCCUGGAUCAACGAGCCGCUCUCAGACAGCGAGUCUGAGGACGAGAAGCCCAAGGCCAUCUUCCACGACGAGGAGCAGCGGCACGCCAAGCAACGGCAGCCCGAGGCGGACGAGGAGGAGCUGGCCCGGCGUCGAGAAGCUCGGAAGCAGGAACAGGCCAACAACCCGUUCUACAUCAAAAGUUCCCCAUCCCCCCAAAAGCGGUACCAGGAUGCACCGGGCGUGGAGCACAUACCCGUGGUGCAGAUCGACCUCUCUGUGCCCUUGAAGGUGCCAGGGAUGCCCAUGUCGGACCAGUACGUGAAGCUGGAGGAGGAGCGGCGGCACCGGCAGAGGCUGGAGAGAGACAAGAGAAAGAAGAAAAAAAAGGAAAAGAAGGGCAGGCCGCGGCGCCACAGCUCGCUGCACACGGAGAGCGACGAAGACAUCGCCCCGGCCCAGCAGGUGGACAUCGUCACCGAGGAGAUGCCCGAGAACGCUCUGCCCAGCGACGAGGACGACAAGGACCCCAAUGACCCCUACAGGGCUCUGGACAUCGACUUGGAUAAGCCCCUAGCUGACAGCGAGAAGCUGCCCGUCCAGAAACACCGGGACGCCGAGCCCUCCAAGUCCUCCGAGAAGGAGGCCGUCCCCGUGGUGGAAAAGAAGAGUAAGAAGCCUAAGAAGAAGGAAAAGAAGCACAAGGAGAAGGGCCGGGAGAGAGAGAGGAAGGAGAGGAAGGAGAAGGAGGAGAAGGACCUAGAUUUCUGGCUGUCCACCACGCCACCGCCUGCCGCUGCUCCUGCCCCAGCGCCGUCCACGCAGGAGCCCGAGCGGAACGCCGUCAUCCCUGCCCCUGAGGAGGAGCGUGAGGAGCCCAAGAGGAAAGAGCAAGACGUGGAGGAGGAGGAGCGGGACUCUGAGAAGAAACCUUCCAAGCAUCAGAAGAAGAAGCACCGGAAGGAGCGGGAGGACAGGUGCACAGACAGGAAGAAAUCCAGGAAGCAGCAGCCGGCGAGCGGCGGGGCGGCGGAGCCUGUGGAGAACGGCUCGCUGGAUGAGGAGCCCCUCCCGCCCAUGUCCAGCUACUGUCUCCUGGCCGAAAAUUCCUACAUCAAGAUGACGUACGAGGUCCAGGGCAGCCUGCAGGAGGACAGCCGCGUUACCGUGUCCGUCGUCCUGGAGAACCGGAGCAGCAGCUUCCUGAAGAACAUGGAGCUCAACGUGCUGGACUCGCUCAAUGCCAAGCUGGCCCGGCCGGAGGGCUCCUCCGUCCAUGACGGCGUCCCCGUGCCUUUCCAGCUGCCCCCAGGCAUCUCCAACGAAGCCCAGUUUGUGUUCACCAUUCAGAGCAUUGUCACGGCCCAGAAGCUCAAGGGGACCCUCACCUUCAUCGCCAAGAACGACGAGGGCUCCACCCACGAGAAGCUUGACUUCAAGUUGCACUUCAGCUGCACCUCGUACUUGAUCACCACGCCGUGCUACAGUGAUGCCUUUGCCAAGUUGCUGGAAUCUGGGGACCUGAGCAUGAGCUCAGUCAAAGUCGAUGGCAUUAGUAUGUCCUUCCAGAACCUUCUGGCAAAGAUCUGUUUUCAUCACCAUUUUUCCGUUGUGGAGCGAGUGAACUCCUGCGCCUCCAUGUACAGCCGCUCCAUCCAGGGCCACCACGUCUGCCUCCUCGUGAAGAAGGGUGAGAAGUCGGUGUCGGUGGAUGGGAAAUGCAGCGAUGCAACGCUGCUGAGCAACUUAUUGGAGGAAAUGAGAGCCACGCUGGCUACGUGCUGAGUGCCACCCUCGGCCCCGCCACGGAGGACAUGUGAGGGAGAGCCAACUCCAAGCGAUAGGUUUCUCUCUGUCGCACGGACUGUACCCGGCCCAGGCGUUGAUUUAAGUCCACUGUCGUCCACUGUUAUUCGUCAAGGUUUUCUGUUGCGUUGAUUUAUCCUGUCAUCUUUUUUACUUUGACUCUUCUCACCGUCUUUGGUGAGAAGCCCCAUUCCAGUCUCCCAACCAGCAGGAGCUCCUGUAGCCGGGGGCCGACUGUGCACGAGGCCUCGGGCUGGUGGGGAGCGGGUGGGACUCGGGCCAGGACCUGGCGGGCCCAGGGUGAGCAAUGCUCAGGCGACUGGGUGGGGUGGUGCGUCCUGCGUCUGUGAAGUCAUCCGAGUCCCACGAGUCCCCAGACUCCCUGCCCGGUGGCAUCUGGGGGAGAACGGGCUGGCUGCUCACAGCCGCGGGUCAGGGUCUCUCCCCAGGACAUGCAGUGGGAAAGGGUCGUGCAGCCCGUUGUCCACUGUGUUCUCUGUGCCCCACCGCCGUGUUCGCGUGCUGGCUGGAGAAGGGCGGUGGAUGCCGAAGUGGGGGGCUGCAACCUAGGGGGGAUCCAGUCAGGACCCCUGACUGAGCAGGGCCUGGACGUUCUGUUCAGGACAGUGUGUCCGGGUCGGCGCUGUCGGGGUGAGUGAGGGAGGGCUGCGGUUCCUGGUGUACCCCUCUCGUCACUGAACACCCCACAGGGUUGCCCCGCGGCUGCUGCGAGGGCCCUGUCCUGCACUCCGUGGCCCUGACCGCGAAGCACGUGCAUCAGGCCGGCCCCUGAAAUGUGCCUCAUGGGCAGGGCAAGGGGACCCAGCCACCCCCGUGAGACUGAACUUUCCUCAGAUGAUGGGCCUCAAUGAUGUUUUAACUCUUCCUUUUGAUGAAACUGUCACGUUAGCAUGUAGAGUAAUCUAUUACAGAAUCCUGUGCAGUGAUUCUAGAAUCUCGAAACUGUAUGAUGUGUUAUAUAAGAAUUUAUUUGCUAUCGACAUUCCCGUAUUCAGGAGAGAGACAUAUCAUGCUGCUGUAAUGAUUUGUGUCAGGAUGAUCCAAUAAACUCGCAAACAGA